CACAAACCCACUCAGCCACAAACACAAAGACAAGAAGAAGAAGAAGACUAUGGAGAUUCCACCACUCCGCCGUAGAAACUCCAUAUCCACGUCAACACCUACGAUCGAAUCGUCCACUAAACCGACGUCGUUUCAGUUCGAGCUCAUCUCGCUGAAACCACCCUCUUACACAUCUCUCAGAGAUAUCAUCUCAUCAUCUCCAAGUAACUCCUCCGUCAACUUACCGUCUAUUAACGGUAGCAGCUCUCCUGUUUUAUCCACCGUGGGAGAUAUAUCGAUACGCAACCCCUUAGUAAAGCAAGCUGCUCGGUCUUAUCUCCAGUCAACGGCGUUAACUUCAUCGGAAGACUCGCCUGAGUGGUCUCUGUUCCUCCGCCGCGUAUGGCUCCACUUCUCCGCGGGGAUACAGUUCUUGAAACGUAUGUUUGAUUGGUUGCUCCGAUCAAUAUGUAUUCAACCUCAGAUUGUUAAGUAGCUUGCCACACACGUUUGAUUUGUGUUUCAGAAGUUGAACACAAGUGUUUGUAUACAAUAAAGUGUUACCAGAAUAAAAAAUGCUUUCGAUUUCUUGAAUUCUUCAAAAUAUCUUAUUACAUAAAGUCUCCAAGACAUAACUAUGUUCCUAUAAUGUAAGGUUGAGUAGAGUGUUGCUUGUAAAGACAAUGGAAGAAAGAAGACUCUGUUUCAGUUUGUCAGUGUGUUGAAUCAAC